UAUUGACAAAACGAGAAGAAAAAAAACUCCAUGUCGCCGGAUGAUGACGUCCCAGUAGUCCCAGUUAUGAACGCAAUGGCUGCUAAUGCUAGCGAGCUUGAGGUUGCAAAGAAAAAUUUGACUGAUGCAAUCGGUGAUAAUGUCAAGCAUUACUGGGCUAACUUAAAGCUCUGGUUCAAACAGAAGAUCAGUAAGGAGGAGUUUGACGUUGAGGCACGUCGUCUGUUGGCACAGGAUAAUGUCCAUGUUCACAAUGAUUUCCUGCUGGCCAUUCUCACACGCUGCCAGAUCAUUGUCUCCACACCAGAGGGCACUGGUCCAUUACAGUGGCAAGGCGGCUCUGCUUCAAAGCCUGGCAAACCAAAAGGAAAGAAAAAAUGUUCCUCCAGACAGAAAUUUGAUCAUCGUUUUCAGCCUCAGAACCCUCUGAGCGCUGCACAGCCUUUCAGCCCUCGAGAAAUGGGUGGAGGAGGAGGAGGAGUUGGUGAGGAGGAGGAGCUGCGUCUCAGUGCCCACACUCUGCUGCUGCCCACACGGGGUCAGCUGGAGGCUCGCAUGAUGGUGACGGCCUUUGAGCUGGGUCUGGAUAACAUCACAGACGACUCUGUCAGCACCAUGAUCCAUGCUGUUGAGCAUCACCUUAAAGACGUCCUGACGGCCGUCAUCAUGAGGAGGAAGGCGUAUCGCUUAAGAGAUGGUCGUUUCCCUUAUGCCUUUGGCAAUGACGUCACGCCGCAGCCUUAUCUGAAGAACAGCCUGGCUGCGUACCACAGUGUCACUGAAUGUCCCCCUCCCAGCGCGUCCCUCCCCGCCGGCCCACCUCCUCAGGUGUCACCUGAUGAGGCCGAGCAACAAGCUGUUCACUUACUAGCUUGUUCCGCGGACAUGCUCCCUGCACCCCUCCCUCCAAUCAGCAUGUUUGAUCUUCUGGAAGCUUUACAGGUUCACCACAAAGUGAUGCCCUCCCACACCAUGUACGCUCUGAACAUGGAACGCAUCCUCGCGAGGCUCUGGCACCCCAGCCAUGAAGAAUUGGAGCAGGACCACGUACACCGUCAGCGCCUCACUGCCAAAGAGGGCGUCCUCGUCAGCUGAGAACCACUGACACAGGACUGGAUGUGAGAUGUGGAUAUCAUGAGGAAUCGCACAUAAGAAAAUACACAGGUGGAAAAUAAUGGUUUAGAAAAACAAUAUGUUCUAUAAUAAGGGGAAAAUCCGCUCCGCAUAGUAUGAAAAAGAUAAACAUAAGUGGAGUGAGAUGAAACAAAACAGCUGGGCAGAGGACACAGAAUGGGCAGUUAGCUUCAGCCAAUAGAUGACAAAAUGUAGCUCUCCGGCUACUUUAUUUUUCUUUGUUCUACCAGCCAUUUUGGCAUUUACCUAAUCAUCAUUUGGAGCUUCAUUAUAAAUAUGAAAAGUGUUUAAAGUGAGGCUAUAUGAGCACCACAACUGUUAGAGAACACCAGGAACAUUGAGCCUCUAAUCCUGAAAACUAUUGAGUACAUGAUCCAGGUCACAACGUAUUUCAACAUUCCUAAGAGCCCAGACUGUGACACACAGGUGUGUUCAUGUCUCCUGGCUGAUAAGUCUUCCCUGCGUCAAAAUCAUUUCCUUUGUCUUUUUUCUGUGGCACACACUGCAGCUGCCAUUACUAAGUACUCUCCGUGCAGUAUUCAACAUAUUAUUACUUUGUGCCUACAGUGAAGACCACCCUGCUCACUCAUAUGUGGUAUUACGCAGCGUCAGAUUGAAAUAUUGUAAAAAUCGAUCCAUUGAAGACGCAACAUGCGAUUUGAAGACACACGUAAGAAAUCCCUUUGGAUACUUACGGUAUGCAUUUGUUACUUGGUAAUAUUAAGUUUUAACUAUGUGGUGGUUUGAAACCUGCAGUGUUGUAUUGAUAAAAGCAAACUGGCAUCUACUAGGAUGAUUUAGUUCUAUUCAUAGAUCUAUUCAUAUGUUGUUGUUGGUUAUUUUUCUGACAUUAACAAUUAUCCCAUAAUCCUUCACUGCAGGUUGAGGGUCAGAACAGCCAAAAAAAAAGCAAGCUGGCUUGCAUAAUGAAAAUGGGAGUGGCAUGUAGUCGGACGUCCUCAGAUUUCUCACAUACUAAAUGACAUCUAUAUUUAUCGGGACAUACUAAAGGGCUUUCUGACAUAAUUAUUCAAAUGGCAGUGAUCACAGCCGUAAUGUUAGGGGUAGCCUUCAUGACGUCACCUCACUCACUGCGCCAAAGAAUAUUGACAAAGAUGGCAAUUGUCCAGUCUUUACAGGUCCGGCAUGAUUUUCAAUCAAACUUGUCUACGCAGGAUCCUAGAAGAGGUCCAAUCAAGCACUAAGUGAAAACACCUGUGUCGUUUUACUGUGGCUGUGUUGGUCUUUAAAAUCUGUCCAACAGCUGCAUCAAGCCCCUCAUGAACAGGCCUAUAAACUAUCUCCCAACGCAUUCCUCGAACAUUCACUGGUGCUGCUGAAAGUUUAUCAUGUUAUCUGUCAGUGUUGGAGGUCCACAAUGUUUGUACAUAAGCUGACUUUUGUUUUGUCUCGGUGCACUUGAAGAUCUGUUUACCAUUUUUGCAUUUUUGUUGAUCCACACAAUCCAGUCAAGGAGGAACUGUAGAUUUUUUUUCUUCUCUUUUUUUUUUUUAAACAAAGCUUGUUUGUAAUUUAUAAAACUAACAGUUCAGAAAAUAAAGUAUUUUUGUACAUGUUCA